UAGAGAGCUACAUAACAAGGGGACAUAACCAUACCGCUGCCCCGCGGCGCUUCCGGCCGUGUAUCCUGUUUGUGUGAAGAAAAAAAAACUGUAUUGUUGAUUAGUGUGUGUAAGUAAGUUCUAGUAGGUCAUGGUGUCUCUGUACAGAAUGUGGUGUUUUAAGAAACAGCAAAAGUGAUCUCCAUGAAAACGCAAAAGUAAACCUCAAGAAACAGCUCAAGUAAACUUCAAGGAACAGCUAAAGUAAACUUCAAGAAACAGCUAAAGUAAACUUCAAGGAACAGCUAAAGUAAACUUCAAGGAACAGCUAAAGUAAACUUCAAGAAACAGCUGAAGUAAACUUCAAGAAACAGCUAAAGUAAACUUCAAGAAACAGCUAAAGUAAACUUCAAGAAACAGCUAAAGUAAACUUCAAGAAACAGCUAAAGUAAACUUCAAGAAACAGCAAUAUAACAUAAAACGGCAAUAUUAACAGAAAUAGUAACAGACAUCUUGAAAAUAAAAAAAACACUACAUUAAUGUAGAACAUACGUAAACCAUGAACACAUACGAAGAGUAGCUUUCGUUUUCUAGGUGUAGAUUAGACAGCUUCUAAAACAUCAAUGAACACAUAGAAUAUAUCUAGAAAUAGAGCUGGUCAGAUAUUUCUUUGUCAAUGUCAAAAGCAUGAGAAUCGUUUGAUUGAGACUCCAGGUCAAGAAUGGAAUUCCCCUUCAUUAGAAUACUAAUUGCUGAAAUGGUGGCGAUAACUUUGACCCGGGCUCAAAUUACGACUCAAAAUAUUUUAUGCUAUGAUCGUGCCCAAGUCUACGGAACCACCUGCUUUCACGUUGGUCAGGAUGAAGUCACUUGGAAAGAAGCCUACGACUUUUGUCACCAGCGAAGAGGCUGGCUCGCCAACAGAGUGGACGAUCUUACACCCCUGCCUCCAAAGGUCUUCUUUGGCAAUGGUAUCCUCCAGAUUUGGUCAGGUCACCACAUCAAGGACAACAGACUACUGGAAGACCAUUUACCUACUGUGGAGCCAGUGUACAGCACAGCGAAUAUUAAUUUCAACUCUUCUACUGUAGCUGGAUCAAACUGUUUGGUGCUAGUUUAUAGGGAGCAGUGUGUUACCACAGCAAAUGCUUCGCUUUUGUGCUCUCCCACAUUUGUUGAGGACUUUGUAUCUUGUGACGAGAGGCACACCUUUUUAUGCAGAUUCGAAGCUCAGUCCGCCCUCAGUAUAAAUAUCCUCAACGGUGGAGGCGUUCAAUUAAUGCGACAGGACAUAUUUCCAGUAGAUCUGUACAUCGCUAAUGGGACUUCAAACUCUGCUGGAGCUGAUCAAGUUUGUGAGGAUACAUUGCAGAAUGGUAGAGCGUACAGGUUUAAAGACAAACAGACUCUAACCAUGUUCUUCUCCAAUGCUAAUAUUGACUUCAUGUACUACUUCAAUGACCAGAUUGCCUCCAAAACGCUUUGGGUGAACUCUGAAGAUGCCCGGUGCACAUCUAUUGUCUGGCCAGAAGCACCUCCUCCUAACAUUCAAGGGAUAACAUGGCAAGUUCAAGGGGUCCAAGUGUUUACGUGGCCUUGCAAUAAUUCUCAGCUUGUUCUCUGUGAAGUGGACAAAGUUUACAGUGCAUCCAGAGCACCUACUAUAGAUAUUCAGAUAGAUGGAUCGCUGAUUACUGUGGUGUCCAAUGAAAUUCAGGCGCCUUCACAAGUAGUCCGUGAUAUGGCCAGUAAUUAUCAAAAUACCGGUAUAGAGAAUUUUACUAUGACCUGCAACCCUGGCAUUGUGCAAGAAAAGCUUCAGAAAAUGGCUCUAUACAAGAACUUUAUACCCUUCCUCACUAAUCAAGAUGUUGGAAUAUUUGAAUGGUCUCUUAUUAAUAGCCAGGAGAUCGGAUACCUAGAUAACCAGAUCAACAUGAAUCAAUAUUACCACUGUGAGGUGAAUGACCUUCAGUCUAAUACACCUCUUAAGUCAGAUAGUGUUUAUCUUCGUUUCUCGGAUUAUGAAAUUUAUUCAGUGCACAUAAAUCUUGCACUAAAUACAACGAUAACUAAUGGAUUAGAGAUUGCCUUGUUCAACGCCUCUGUACCGAACAGAUGGACCUGGCAGUCUGGGCCUGCUCAAAAUAGACGACUUUCAAGGUCGCCUGUUCAGAGGGCGGCUAGGGCAGUGAAUGGACCUGUGCUCGUGGGAAGUGAUCUAUAUUUUCUGUUCAGUCUUUUAUAUCAGAUUUCCAACAUGAACUCCACCAUAAAGUUUUCUAUUAAGCCUCAGCUGUUUCUGAGGGAAGAAAGAAAGCUAGUCCUGUAUUUCUACAAGUCCUUCGAUCUUGGUUUUAACAUUACAAACCAGACAGAAUCCUUGCUGGCAAAUGCAACGAAGGAUAUAACAACUCGAUUCAAACUGUUGCAGGGCAGAUUACCACAGUUUGAUACAGACACUGUUCAAGUAUUAAGUAUCGACUGGUGUUGGUCUCGGAUAAUAGACGACCCAGUUACCAAUUUAAAAUUCAUUUUACCUCAGUCACCGGUGGGAUUUAUCUGGACAAGCCCGCAGAUAUGUGCACAAGAUAGAAAACCCUUAGCAAUGGUAAAAUGUGAGGGAGAUAAAAUACUGGGUUUAUAUUGGGGUAGAUUUCAAGUUAAUCCUCUCUGCAAUUACUCAGCUUCUGUUGGUGUAAGAAGCAAUUUGACAGCAGUAUUGAAAAAUCUGUCCCAGGAGAAUAUUACCAAUGACAACGUUGGGUGGGUUCUGGAGACUACUAAAACUCUAAUAGCCAAUCUCAGUAGCCAGACCGUUAUAGGAGAGGAUCUGGCAUACUUAGCAGAUAUAUUGCAGAAGAGUACUACAGAUGUGGAUAGACUGUCAAAAGUAGAUGUAGAAAAUAUUAUGGACAGUGCUGCAAAAUUACGAAAUUUCCCAACUUCAGUUUUAAAAGAGUCGCAGGAGAUAGCCAAUGCUACCAACAGAGUGUUAAAAAGUAUUGACCAAGCAGGCAGUCUUAUAGAAUCAUCUGAGUCUGGUACGAAUCCACAACUUGUUAUCUCUGGAGGUUUGGGCUUUGUAGUUUCUGAUAUAUCAAGAACUAUGAGGAAUACAAAAGACCUCAUUGUUGGUUUGAAGUUAAUGGCUGAUGGCUCAACACAAAUGCUUGCUGAAGAAAAUCUUGUCUCAUUAUUCAGUGAUGACAGCAUGAACUAUAAUAAACUACUAGCUGCAAUCAUAUUACCAAGAGCAUUGAUUGAGUCUUACAAUGCUUCAACAGUGAGACUGGCAAUGCAUGCAUACCAAGAUUUAACUUUAUAUGAAGCCAGUGAAACAAGUCAAGUUAACAACAGAACACUGAACAGCAGAGUCAUAGCUGCUAAAUUACUAGUUGAUGGUAAAGAAAUAUCAGAUCUUCAUCACCAUCGUGUAAAAACCUAUUUCUUGCCAACAAGACUACUGAAACCAGAGUUACGUUCUAACCUGACUGCUUGCAGUUACUGGGACUACAAGGCUAAUGCUGGAAAAGGAAACUGGAGUAGUGAUGGGUGUGAUUUUGAGGCCACUAUUGAAGGAAGGGAUAUCUGUACAUGUGAUCACUUGACCAAUUUUGCAAUCUUAAUGAACUUCUAUGACCAGGAUGUUUUAGUGAAUGAGCAUCAGUUGGCACUGAGUAUUAUAUCCAUCAUUGGACUCAGCCUGUCUAUUGCAGGGCUUUCCUUAACCAUUUUGUCCUUCAUAUUUAUCAAGAGCCUUCAUCACAGUCGGCCCCAGCAGACAUUAUUUCAGUUAUCCCUUGCACUCCUGUGCUCCUGGAUCAUCUUCCUUGCUGGAAUAAAACAGACCACAUCUUAUGGUGGCUGUAUUGUGGUGGCUGUCCUGCUCCAUUACUUCAUCUUGGCUUCUUUCAUGUGGAUGUUGAUGGAAGGCAUCUUACAGUAUUUGCUGUUUGUCAAAGUCCUCAACACUUACUUCUCAAAUUAUAUCUUAAAAACUUCACUGCCAGCCUGGGGCUUACCUCUCAUUCCUGUAAUAAUCUUACUGAUAAUAGAUAGGGAACUUUACAAGGGAGGAAAUGAAUACUGUUGGCUAUCUCUUCCUGCUUUUUACUAUGGAUUCAUCAUUCCAGUGGGUCUAAUUAUAUUCACCAACAUCAUCUUGUUCAUAAUUGUGGUCAUAAGUCUAUGCCGGAGAAGAGACAUGAGCAAAUAUUCUUCAGUGAAACAAAAUCAGAUGCUGGUCAACAUUAGAGCUUCCUUCAUUUGUUUUUGUGUUCUUGGAUUGACCUGGAUUUUUGGAUUCUUGACAAUCAAUGAUGCCAGGAUUGCUUUUCAGUAUUUGUUUUGCAUCUUCAAUUCCCUUCAAGGUUUUAUAAUUUUUAUGAUGAUGACCAUACGUGACAGAAAUGUAAGAGCAUACUGGAAGUCCAAACUGUCAUUCUGUUGCCCAAGUCUAAACAAAAGAGGUAGAUACAGCGUUAAGGGUGUGAACUCUGAAUCUCCGGCCACAGAAGCCAUGACCAACACCAAACAGGUGAAAUGUAAGAGCAGCGACAGCACCGCAAGCACCAACAUGACAUCUGACAGUGACCAGCAUAAACAGGAGAUUCAGUCACCAUAUCAAUUCGACGUUAUUCCACCAGAUUACUGAUGACUGCUGAAAGAGGAAGAUAGGAUUGAACAACGCACAUAGUGGAAGAAUGCAAAGCUGUUUUUAUGUCUUGUUCUGAACAUUAAAUCUUUUUUUAAAGAUGGACAGUGACUAAACUAUCCUGACUAAAGGGAGGUGAUGUUCCAGUUUUUGCAAGUACUAAGGGAGAAUAAAGAGAGAAAAAUGGUUAUUCUUCAAUAUUGAUUUUCUUAAGCAUAAUAUAUACAGUCUAUGAAAUUGAUAAGAACGAGAUAUGCCAACCAAUGUAUUGUUUUUAGAAGUUAUUGUUCCAAAUUUCCUAUAACAUGUACAGGGAAAUAACACAGGGUGACAUUGUUUAUGUAAAUUAAAGUGUAUACUUGUUUAUAUCAUAACUAUAUAGUCUGUCCUCACUACAUCAUUCUAUAUAUAUAUCACUUUCCAAGAAGAUGACAGUAAUAUUUUAAUAUUUAUUUAGAACUUUAAAUUCAGAUUUCUGCUGUUCAGCUUGCUGGACUGUCUGAAUGGUUAAAUCAAGAGAUAAAUGUACAAUGAGUGUUUCUCUGUUUUAUACUUUUUGGACAGAAAGGAAGAUUAUUAUAUCCUAGCCCAAACCACCUACAGGACAACAGGUAAUGGAAGAGGGGUGGGUUUGAACUUGGGACCAUAAUGACGACAGUCCAGAUUGCAUACCAUUACAUCAGGCAGCCAUCCUGUAAUGUUUGUUAACAAGAUGUGUUAUUUGUAUUACUUAAGAACUUUUUUUUUAUUGAUGGUCUAAGAUUCAUUAUUUGCGCCGCAAUUUCAUGCAUUUUUACUUUAUAUACCUCCUGUUUACACAUUUUUAUAUUUUGUUUUUAAAGUUAAUGAUAUAAAAUUCAGUGGCAAGCCCCAAUUUAAAAUUGUGAUUUUAAAUAAAGUGUAAUAUGAAAGCUUUUUUAAAAUUUGCCAAAUGAUUUCAUAAAAUAAAAGUAAAAUUAAAUUUAAACAUUAAUUACUGUAUAAAAUAUAUGUCUCUUUCUGUCUCGGAAGACAUUGGAUGCCCCCAGAUGAGUCACUGGUUUUGGUUAUGUCUUGAGACAGGGCAGAAUCUGGUGUGACUGAUCAAGGCAAUUCUGGAGCGGCAGAGUUUGCCACAGCUCAUGUAUAUAUAUGCAUCUGUUUUAGGGCUAGCUGAUAUGGCAGUUUUCUUUCUCUUGACUAAGGCGGCAUAGUUUCUUUUGCUCUCAGUGAGGUUCGUACCUGCAUGCACAAAGUCUCCAUGCACUCUGGUCUCCUCUCACAAACUUUCGUUGAUGCCUGUGGCUCUCAUGUCUCACUUACAGACAUCUCUAUAGGCUAUUCUUGGGCGGCCUUUGGGUCUGACUCCCUCCGCAAGCUGAGCACUGUAUGGAAUAGGGAGUAUUUAAUGCUGUGCAAACUUUCUGAUUUUUUAUGUUAAAAAUGUAACAAUUUAAAUAUGAUAUUCAACAUUCCUAACAAUGUUACGACUCUGUCCUUCCCUUUUUAAUGUAAUUGCUCUAUCAGGUUACAAAUCAAUAAUAUAUAUGAGCUUCUUGUUUGGUUGUUAAUACUUAAAUUUAAAUAUAUAUACAUAUAUCAUUUUAUGCAAUUUCUGAUUGUUUUUAAACAUGAUUUUAUAAGCUUUUCAAGGCCUCAUUUUCUAUAUUUUGUAGCUUAAGCUAUUAUACUCUGUAAAAAAAUAAUUUGAAUAAUUGUGUAAAGUUUAAACUUGUUUUGUGUCACAUUCUCUAUCAGUUUGGACUUUGAUGUUGCAUUGAUUCUCAUUAUUUGUAUGAUCUAUAGGAAUCAUUUCCAGGUUAUGCAUUAUUCAAUACCUGGCUAUGUAUUAUAAAAGCCAUUGUAUAAUAGCUACACAAAAUUAAUUUCUUUAUAGGAAAGAAUGAUGAAAGAUCAAAGUCUAUUUAUACCAGUGACCAGUCUCAUUAAGUCAUUGUACAAUUUGUUGACUGUUUUUUUAAUUUAAUAAAAAAAAAUAGUUUUUAAA